UUCGCCACUGAGCCCCUCAGGCCUCUUCCAGGCCAUCACCCCCCCACCCCUAGCCUUCCCGGGCAGGCCCCGGCCCCCGGCCCCGGCUCCAUCCGUGCUCUCGCCCCAGCCGCAGCGAUGCUGCACACGGAGGGCCACGCUCUGCUCCGGGCCGUGGGGCAGGGGAAGCUGCGCCUGGCCCGCUUGCUGCUGGAGGGCGGCGCUUACGUGAACGAGGGCGAUGCCCAGGGGGAGACCGCGCUGAUGGCAGCUUGUCGGGCCCGCUACGACGACCCCCAGAACAAGGCGCGCAUGAUCCGCUACCUCCUGGAGCACGGCGCGGACCCCAACAUCGCGGACCGCCUGGGGCGCACGGCGCUCAUGCACGCCUGCGCCGGGGGCGGGGGCGCCGCCGUGGCCUCGCUGCUCCUCGCCCACGGCGCCGACCCCUCGGUCCGAGACCACACCGGCGCCUCGGCGCUGGUCCACGCCCUGGACCGCGGGGACCGCGAGACCCUGGCCACGCUGCUGGACGCCUGCAAGGCCAAGGGCACGGAGGUCAUCAUCAUCACCACCGACACCUCGCCCUCGGGCACCAAGAAGACGCGGCAGUAUCUCAACUCCCCGCCGUCCCCGGGGGUGGAGGACCCCGCUCCCGCCCCUCCGAGCCCGGGGGUCUGCGCGUCGCCGUCGGAAAUCCAGCUGCAGACUGCAGGGGGGGCGCGGGGGCUGCCGUCCCCCCGCACGCAGGAGGAAGAGGAGAAGCGGGACGUGUUUGAAUUCCCUCUGCCCAAGCCCCCCGAGGACCCCUCGCCUUCCGAGCCGCUCCCCAAACCACCCCGCCACCCUCCCAAGCCGCUCAAAAGGCUCAAUUCCGAGCCCUGGGGCCUGGUGGCUCCCCAGCCGGCCCCGCCCGCGGAGGGGAGGCUGGGGAUGGAGCGCCUGACCGCCGACUUCAACGGCCUGACCCUGGGCGGCCGACCCCGGCUCUCCCGACGUCACAGCACCGAGGGCCCCGAGGGCCCGCCCCCGUGGGUGGAGAAGGGGACGGGCGGGGGCGCCCUCUCGCGCCGGAACACCGCGCCCGAAGCUCAGGAGGCCGGUCCCCCUUCUGGGCUGCGGGCAAGAAAACUGGAGCCCGCCAUGAAGCCGCUUGGAGGCUCGACUUCCCCCACCUCGCCCGGAAGGAGCGGCGCCCCGUCGCUGAGAAGGGCCGGCCGCUACAGCGCCUUCCCCGCUGGACUCCUGCCCCUGGCGGGCUUCGGAUGCCCUCCCCGCGCCAGUUCCCAGGAAAGCCUGCCCGGGGCGGUGUCCCCGCUGAGCGGGCGCCGGCGGAGCCCGGGGCUGCUGGAGCGGAGGGGCUCGGGGACGCUGCUCUUGGACCACAUCUCGCAGACGCGGCCGGGCUUCCUGCCCCCGCUCAAUGUCAGCCCCCACCCCCCGAUCCCCGACAUUCGCCCCCAACCCGGAGGUCGCGCGCCUUCGCUGCCCGCCCCUCCCCAGGCGGGGGCGCCAGGCUCUCCGAGGACCAAGCGCAAGUUGGUGAGGCGCCACUCGAUGCAGAACGAGCAGAUCCGCCUGCUCGGGGGCUUCCAGGGUCUCGGCGGGCCUGGGGAGCCGGGGCGCUGAGAGGAGGGACGGGAGCCAGGGUGGGAUCAGGACCUUGACGGACAGAGGGAGAGCCAGCUCACACACUCACACACACACACACACACACACACACACACACCGGGCAGGGGGGUCUUCUGCAUGUGCUCCUGGGCGCGGUGCACGCACACAUGGGCAAGCGUGUCCACACGCACAGUUACUCUUAUUCGCAGGGAAGGGUACGUCCUCUUUACUGGGCUUACAGACACGUGCAUUCAUGCCCUGGUGACUUCACAGGCUUAUGAGAAUUACCCACAAGCAAGGCACACAGGCCCCUUGUGCUAGGGCCCCACAUGGGUGCCAAAUUCACUUGCAUUUGUUGAGAAGCAGUAGGGAGCCCUUACCUAUAGGUAGUCUGCAGUCUUUGCCCUCCUACAGAAGCAGUCCCUUGCUUUCCGUGUGUGCCCUGAAACACAGCCCUCUCAUGACUUCGCACACUCUGCCCUCUCCGUGACCAUGUCACCCGUUCUGCGGGUCUCGCUUCUCUCUCCAGGCCUGGCUCCCUGCCCACACCCUGCUCCCCGUCCUAACCAUUGUUCAGGAUAUCUUUUCUCCUGGAGGGUUUCCUGCAGCAAUCCCAGCCUCGGUUCUGCUGCUGCCCUUCCUGCUCUCAGCUUUACUUCUCUACUUCCUGCUUUUUAUUCCCACCCGGUCCCCCCAGCCAAUACCAUACCACACGGCGCCUCAUUUCCCCAGGGUGGGCCAUGGGCUCCAACUGCUCUCGUGUCUGAGCUUAUGAACACCCUCAGCGGGUAGAAGUGGGGAGCAACCCCAAAUCACUCCUCUCUCCACUUGACAUAUCAAAUAAACG